UAAAAACAUUAAAAAUUCAUUUGAAAUCUUACGUAUGGUUUAACAUAAUUAUUUAUUGUUAUUAGUUAUUUUUUUAAUGCUUUUUAAACUUAUUAUUUUUCAUAAGGAUAUUUUAGAAGUUACUUUGACUAAAUUAUCAAUUGAAGACGUGUCUAAUUUAAUUGAACAUUAUACAGAAGCAAUUUUUAAUAAAAAAGAAUUUGAAAUAAUUGCAUCUAAUCUAGUACCGUUUGUAAUUAAAAAUAGAUUAGGAUUUGAUUUGAUAAUAUUUUUUGAAAACACACCAUUACAAAUGUAUAAUUCAGAAAAAAUUUCAAGUAUUGUAUUAAAGAAUGAUGAAAAUCUAAAACUUAUACGAAAAUUAAAAAUUGAUAUAAUGUUUUUGAUUGGAAGAAAACAUUUAUUUAAUGAUUGCAACUUGAUAAUUAGAUUUAAUGACACUCAACCUGAAAAAUAUUUUGAAUUAAAUAUGAAUACCACUUCAAAACGUUAUUUUGAAAACAUGCCAAUUUUUAAACAAAUUUUUCGUCCUUGGGUUUUAAUAACUGAUACCGUUGUAGUGGGAGGAAGUAUGGAAGUGACAUUACGUAGCAAUGUUCAGGUCCACAAUAAUUUAUGGUGUAACAUUAAAUUGUAUAUAAUAUCUAACGACAUGACUGAAGUCAAAUGCAUUGGUUCUAUAAACCCUAACGAAAUUUUAAAUAUUCCAGUUUAUGCUCUACAUACAGAAAAAAAUGAAUUAUUUUUAAAAUUGAACGGAUAUUUCACAUGUACUGAACCAUUCAUUUGGAGCGAAAUGCAAAAUAAAAAUAUCACAAAAUUACUAAAAUGUUUACCUUCUGAAUUGCAUAACAAUCCAUAUUACAUAAAAAUAGUAGGAUUUAUAGAACGGGUUUGUUUUGAAGAGACAAAUAGUUACAAAACAGGCUGUCACUGUAUCCAUAUUCAUGUUUAUCCUACAUAUGUCUUUAUGAAUGAACUGCCAACAGUGAUUUUUUGUAAUGCUGAAGGUUAUACAGAAACGAAUGAACUAUUAUCAGGAAAAAUAACUAAUAUUACUCUUCCGCAAAAAGAAUCCAGUGUUAUUUGUUUAUCAUGCAAAAUUAGUUGUUCGUGAAAUUGUUAUAUUCUGGGAAAAAGCGCGUAUUCCAGUUAAAGAAGAAUAUCACUUAACCGCAAAAGUUGAAUCAUUGUAUAAUGAAUAGCAAAACCUACAAAAACAUGCCACUAGAAAAUUAGCUGCUGAUAAAAAAAAAGAAGAAGAAUUUGUAAAUAAGUUGGAUGAUAUUUUUGAUAUAGCACUUGCUGAUGCUCUUAAUUUAAUGAAAAUAGAAAGCGACAAAAAGUUUUUAAUUGCUCAAAGGACAAAAGGAAGAUCUGGUUAUAUGCUGGGAAUAGAUAGAAAACAUCAAAAACUUGAAGAACGAAUUGAAAAAAGGUCUACAAAUUUUGCCGAAAGAAGAAAUAGAGCUUAUGAUGAAAUAAAUCUUCAGUGUAUUGUUCCGAAAUUGAUUCAUCUUUGUCAGAUUCCUCAAACUCUGAUGACCUGUUAGAAUUACAAAAUCCUUGUUUUCCUAGUACAUCGAACACCCAAAAAAAAAAUUUUACUUGAUUCUGAUGAAAAAAAAAAGAGCUAGGAAAGAAAUAAUGUCUAAGCAUUUAGCGGCUGUAGUUGACAAGUGUAAAGUGAGCGUCAGAGAUUGCGUUCACAUACUAACAGCAGUUUUAGAUGCUGUUUCCGUCGAUCCAAGUGUGUAUGUUAUUAACAGGGCGUCAAUAAAAUCUGCUAGAGAAAAGUUUCAUAAAUAUAUUUUUCAAGAUUUAAAAUGCAAAUUUGACCAUUUAAAGACAAAAUCAUUAGUACUCCACUGGGAUUCUAAAUUACUACCAGAUAUAACUGGAACAUCUAAAGUUGAUCGACUUCCUAUAAUUGUUACAGCACACAAUGUUAGUCAAUUGUUCGGAGUCCCUCAUAUAUAUUAAGGUACAGGAAUUGAAAUAACUUCUGCUAUUUAUGAAACUUUAGAGGAAUGGUCUAUUUUAGAAAAAAACGUUGCUUUUGUAUUUGACACAACUGCGAGCAAUACUUGUCGAUUAAAUGGCAUACGCCAUCUCCUAGAACAAAAAGUUGAUAGAGAUAUUUUAUUCUUAGCAUGUAGGUAGCAUGUUUACGAAAUAGUUUUGCAAGGCGUAUUUACUGAAUUAAAAUUAGCAACAAGUACAGGACCUGAAAUUACUUAGUUUAAAAAUUUGAAAAAAGAAUGGCCAAAUAAUGAUAAAAAUUCUUAUUUAAUUUGAACUACUGAUGAACAUGGAAAAAAUAUUUUAAUGGGAAUUGCUGAUGAGAUGAUACAAUUUUGUAAAAUUAAACUCGGAGAAGAACUACCUAGAGAUGAUUAUAAAGAAUUUCUCGAACUAAUAAUAAUAUUUUUAGGUGGUGUGUCACCUAAAGGUACACACUUUAAAACACCAGGUGCUUGUCAUCUCCCACGUUGGAUGACCAAAUCAUUGUAUUAUUUAAAACUAUUUUUAUUCCGACACCAGUUUAAAAUUACUGAACGCGAAGAUAAAUGUUUAAAACGAAUCUGCUGUUUUAUUAUAAAGUGUUACGUAGAAUCGUGGUUUUUAUGUUCAAAUGCUGCUACGUCCACAAUGAAUGACAUUGGGUUUUUAAAAAAAAUUAUAUUUUUAUAAAAAUGACGAUAAAGAAGUCGCUGAAAAAGCAAUUAUGAAAUUUAUUAAUCAUUUGAGGUACUUAAGUGAAGAGUGUGCGGCUUUUUUAAUUUUUGAUGAAAGGUUAAGUAAUGAUACAAGAAGAAAAUGGCUGAAAAAAUUAUGCAUGGUACUCCUGAAAAAGAAUCGCAGAGAAAGUUCAUCCUCAAAUUUGAAGAUUUACAACACUUUCUUAGCAAAGAAUUACCAUUAUAUAUUCUAGGGAAUAAUUUGAAAAAUUUAAUAUGUCUAAUGAUUUUUUGAAAGUUCAGCCAGACAAAUGGAACGAACAUGAAGGGUACAUUGAAGGAAAAAAAGUGGUAGAAUCAAUAAAAGUAGUCAACGAUACGGCAAACUUAUGACGGAUUUCAAUGAAAAGUUCACGAAAAAUUAAAAACAAAAGCAAUUUGUUUUGCAAGUAGUUCAAGAUUAUAGAAAAAAGUUUCCUGGAUGUAGUAAAGAUACCCUGAAAGAAUCAUAUAAUUGAAAAUUCAUUUUUAC